GCGGCGCCACCGCCGAGGGGAGUCGAGUGUCCCGCGCCCCGCCGCCACCCUCGGCGGCGCCAGCGCCGAGCCGCUUCUUCAGAGCCUUCUUUGCCAAUAAAGUUCGUUUCUUUAAAAAAAAAAAAAAAAAGAAAGAAAAAAAGAAAAGAAAAAAAUCAGAGUCAUUCUUAAGAGGGCGCGAGAGUCCGCCGGGAGGUCCCGCCGGGGCAGCGGGCGCGCUGGGAGGAGGCGGCGGCGGCGGCCGCGGUUGCGCCGCGACCAGGAGCAGCGGGUCAGCCGGGCGGGGGACGAUUUGAGAGAGAAGAUCUGAUCACCUGAAAAUUAAACUUGAUACAGAAACCUUUUCAACUCCAAAAAUGUUGGAGGAAGAUAUGGAAGUGGCCAUCAAGAUGGUGGUUGUAGGGAAUGGAGCAGUUGGAAAAUCAAGUAUGAUUCAACGCUAUUGCAAAGGCAUUUUUACAAAAGACUAUAAGAAAACAAUUGGAGUUGAUUUUUUGGAGCGACAAAUCCAAGUUAAUGAUGAAGAUGUCAGACUAAUGUUAUGGGAUACAGCAGGUCAAGAGGAAUUUGAUGCAAUAACGAAGGCCUAUUAUCGAGGAGCACAAGCCUGUGUGCUUGUGUUUUCUACUGUAGACAGGGACUCUUUUGAAGCAAUUUCCAGUUGGAGAGAGAAAGUAGUAGCUGAAGUUGGAGAAAUACCAACAGUGCUGGUACAGAACAAGAUUGAUCUCUUGGACGAUUCUUGUAUAAAGAAUGAGGAAGCAGAGACGCUUGCAAAAAAGUUAAAGCUAAGAUUCUACAGAACAUCAGUGAAAGAAGAUCUAAAUGUGAAUGAAGUUUUUAAAUAUUUGGCUGAAAAAUACCUUCAAAAACUCAAACAACAAAUAGCUGAGGAUCCAAAACUAGUGCAUUCAAGUAGUAACAAAAUUGGUGUCUUUAAUACAGCUGGUGGAAGUCACUUGGGCCAAAAUUCAAGUACCCUGAAUGGUGGAGAUGUCAUCAAUCUUAGACCAAACAAACAGAGGACCAAGAAAAACAGAAAUCCUUUUAGCAGCUGUAGCAUACCCUAAAAUGUUUUAGGGAGCAACAGAUUUAAUUAAUCACAGUGCAAUUUAAUAAGAAAUACAUCCAGCUAUUGUGGCAUAUCACAAGGUUUCGGAAGAGUUUGCUCCUAAUGGCUCUUUGGAAAUUGAAAGACCUAGACAUUUUUCUGCAGUGCUUUUCAGAGCGGAGUGAGGUCUUUAAUGGACGAAUUACUGCCCUCCUGUGGAUUCAUUUUAAUUAUUUUAUAUUAGACGAAGCUUCUCCUGUUUCUGAUGGAAUGCUGUAUGAAAUGUCAAGAACAGGUUUUGCUGAAUUCUAAAUGCUGGAAAAUUGUAAAUGAAAUGUCUAAGUAUAUUGGUAUAUAUUUUAAUAUUGUGGGCCAAAAAAAGAUAAUAGGCAUUGUUUUUCUGAAAUUAGUCAUCUAACAUUUCUGGAAAAUAGUAUAUGAAAAAUAUAUUGAAAGGUAAACCCUAAAUCUUGCCAGGCUGCAUAAGUAUGUAUUUUGGCAUUAUUACUUGUGCAAUAUCUGUUUACUGUAGACUGGAGAUUUGGUUCAGCUAUCUGGUACUGAAGUGAACUGAAGGCAUGUGCAGUAUUUAAGGAAACACAAAAUUGAACCCAUGCGUAAGACCAUAUUCAUUGUGUACAAACAUCCAUUAAAAGUUUUUAUUUUCAAGUAAGAAAUUCCAUACAUAUAUUUUGCAAAAUGAGCUUGAUUUUAAAAGUGCUUUGUGCCAAAAAAAAAAAAAAUCAUGCCUAAUUUUUACAGCUCUUUACUAUCAGAGUUUAUAUAGUUUAUAAUGUCUUUUAAAGGAAGUUUCCUCUCUGAAGGGUAAAUAAAAGAGGAACACGGGUUCUACUGCUCUAGCUUCUCCCAGAUGAGACUUGUUGCGAAAUCUCUUGUGUGUGCCUGUCCCUAAGCCCCAGGAGCCCUUCUUUAGAUCUUUAGAUACAGCACACCUGCAGAUAUUUCUUAGGUCCUAUGAGUGCAGUGGUGCAAUUAGCACCUUUUGCUACAGACUGAAAAUGCAACUUUGAACUUUUAGGAAUAUACUGACAGUUUUUUAAAGAGAUAUCUUUUGUCUUAAUCCACAUUAUGGACUUUAUAAUGCCCUGCAACUCUAAAGCAUCCUUUUUGUUUACACAUUUUUGUAUGAUAUUUUAGGAUUAUCACUUCAAAAUUUCUAUGCCCUUCAGUUUGUACUUGCACUUUCCCAGAGCUCUGUCGUCAUCACCAAGUGCAAAAGAAAUUUCUUUCAAAAAUGAUUUUAAUACAUAGUCAUGUGCCAGAGCAUAAAUUUUGUGACUUGGGACAGUUGCUUUCUAACUGUAAUUGCCCGGAUUCUGUUAAAGCUGGUCAUCAUUCAUCAGUGACUUUAUUUUUAAAUCCUUUCAAUAUACCUGGUUUUUACAGGAUUUCAAAAUAUAUAACUCUUCUUGGAAAUGUGUCAUAGCCAUUUUUCAUUAUUUAUACUAAAUGCUUAAUGUUUUGUAUAUUCCUUUUGUAUGCUUUUUUAAAAUGUCUUCCAUCUGUACCACCCACGUCCCUCUGUUCAGAUUAAUGUUGUAACCAUAAUGGAAUUUGGGGGGUCUGGGAUGACUUUGGUGAGGGGUCAGUAGUGGAUAGUUGAUCUAAUAGUAUUGAAGUAAUUUGGAAUAUUUCAAAGUAAUAGAAAAUUUUUUAUUUUUAUGUCACCAAUUGUAACCACUUUCAUUGCUGGCAGUGAGUAAGCAUUGGGGAGUAAUUCAGUUCCAGAAUUCAAUAAUUUUUCUUUUCUACUCAAGUCUGUUUAAUAUUUGCACAAAAUAUAUUUUGUGGCAAAAGUCUUACAGUCUUUUUUAGCAGAGAAUAAAUCAUAUUCUUCUGUUCUAUUUCAUAGUAAUUAAAUGGAUGUAGGUAAGAGUUUAUUUUCUUUUUGAAAAAAGUGUAACCUGUAAUGAUCUUUACCGUUUCCCUAAUAUUUGUAGUAUGAUUUUAUGUACUUCAUUGUCCUUUUUUCUAAGAAUUGAAGACAUUACAUAUUUAUACUUCUAUACUUUAAACAUAACUAUAGUCAUUUAAAAUAAUUAGGGGAACCCAAAGUCAGCUAUAUAGGUGACACAUUAAAUACUUUAUCAUUUUAAUUCUAAAACCUUCAAAAUUGACAUUUUUUCUCCCAAGAACCUAAUUUUCUAAAAUGAAAUUUUAGUGUAAUGAAGCAUGACUGUAAAAAAAAGAAUUUGUCCUAAGACCCCAGGAUAUUCUGACACAUGCUCUAUUAAGCUUUUUUACAUUUUCACUGAUGUGUAGCUUACAGAUAAUUCGGCUAUGGGAUUGCCAUAUUCUAGAGUUUCUCAGGUUUCUUUUGCCUCUCAGUGUCUCCCUCUCCAAUUAACACACACAGUAGCUAGUACUGACUAUCUAUAAGACAACUUAGAUUUUUAAAACUAUGGUGCGAUAAAACUUUUUAUCUGCCCAAAGGCGAUAGCACACAUGUACCUUUUCAAAAUUAAGUACAACUAAAGGUACAAAAAGAGGAUGAGCACCUUUCCUAACUGUGGAAUGAAGUUAGAUGGUUGUUUCAGAGGUUGGCAGUGCAGUGCUUAGAAAAAAACUCAGGUUCUGAAAGUCUUAGAAGGGGAACUGGCCUUACGACUUCAUGUCCCAACUUAAACUAAUUUAGCAUAAAAUAGUGUCAAUUGUUAACAUUCUUUUUUUUUUUAAGUUUAUUGAAUCACUGUGAGAUAGUUACAAGCUUUCACAUUUGGGUUACAAUCACACAAUGAUCAAACACCCAUCCCUCCACCAGUGCACAUUCCCCACCACCAAUGUCCCCAAUGUACCCCCCCUUUCUCCCCCUCCCCCCCGGCCCCAUGGCAGACAAUAUUUCCCCAUACUCUCUCUCUACUUUGGGGCAUUAUGGCUUGCAACACAGACACUGAGAGGUCAUCAUGUUUGGUCCACUAUCUACUUUCGGCACACAUUCUUUUUAAAAUCUUUGAAAAGGUUGCAGGUAAACUGCUAAGUUACUUCAUUAUAAUUCAGUUAGGGCAUCUCAGUUUUUUCCCAAAAACAAAUUGAAAACUUAUCUGUCACUACAGUCAUCUAAGGAGCAGGUAGACUUACUCAGACUUAACUGCUAUGACUAUCACGUGCACUGGUGGCACUCUAGGUUUUUACCUCAAAAUAUGUAAGUGCAUCAUACAAGUGGAUUUAUUUGUUUACUAGAUGUCUAAAACCACACUAGACUCAGAAAUACCAAGUCACCCAAUCCUGGGUCACUGGGCUUGGCUGUAAUAACCUUUAGGAGGUAGAGCUCUUUAGCUUCUCUCCAGAAAGAUAAUCUCUGUGGGAUGUUGGUAAGUGGUCAGCAGUCUUUUAAAACUAAAGCCUUUGGCUCAAAUGGAAAACUAAACCCAUUCUGUAUUUUUGUUACUACCAAAUAAUGCGUUUGUAAAUUUGGAUGGGAAACCACUUCUAUUUGUUGCUGUUGGGUUGCAGUGAAACCCUCAAACUUAAUUUAAGUAUGUAAUUCAAAUUUCAUGAAAAGUGGAUUCCAAUUAAAAAAUGCAUUUCAAAGCUAGAAUUUUGUGUGAUGUGAGUGGUAAUGUGUCACCAUUGUGGAACCAAAUAGUAAAAGGUAUAAUAUGAUCCCCAUUUUGGGCAAAGAUUUAUUAUUAUUUCUACCGUUGAAUCUAGGUAGUAUGGUUACAAUAGUGUUAAUGUUUAUUGUAUUAAUGUAAGAUGACUUCUUGAUCAGAACUGCCUAAAGCUUCCUUAUUUCAGAUAUUGUGCCAAUACUCAGCAUAUUUAUUUUUGUUGAUGGUGGAUAUUUAAGGGAACUUGACAGCACUGCAGCAAAAAUAAUUUUGCCUUGAAAACUUAUUUGUACAGUGCUCCUCCCCCCAGCCUCCCUUUCGUUGCUGCAGUAUUGGGGGUCGUGCCAGAGAUGGGCUGGACAUCUGGAACUAUAACCUUAUGCCUAGUGUCAAGUCUGUGUUUUAUUCUUUUUAGUUGUUGUUGUUCCACAUCUGGCAGUAUUCAGGGCUUACUUCUGGCUCUACACUCAGUGGUCACUCCCGAUGGGCCUGGAGGACCAUAUUGGGUGCCUGGAUCAAGACUGGGGUCAGUGGCAUGCAAAGCACACACCCUGCUGACUGUUGCCAUCACUCUAGUGCCAAGUUAACCUGGGUGUUGUCACAGGGAAGGCCUUGUACUCUUUUUUUUAAAUUAAUUUAUUUUAUUGAAUCACCAUGUGGAAAGUUAAAAAGCAUUCAGGCUUUUGUCUCAGUUAUACAAUGCUUGACCACCCGUCCCUUCACCAGUGCACAUAUUCCACCACCAAAAAUCCCAGUGUACCCCCCACCCCACCCCCAACCCCCCCACCCCCACCUGCAUAGCUGAUAAAUUUCCUUCACUUUCUCUUUACCUUGAUUACAUUCCACAUUUCAACACAAAACUCACUACAGUUGUUGGACUUUCCCCAAAAAAAAAGCCCUGCUGAAAAGGAAGCAUUUGAUAAUUAGUUUUCCAUUGCUUAGAAUGGAGAAAUAUGAAGUCUCUUCAUCUAUCUAUCUAUCUAUCGCGGCCUCGCAGUUUGAGAUUUCUGUAUUUUAGUAUUUAGUAACUAAAUACUUUAGUAUUUAGUAUUUAGUAACUAAAUCCAGGGAGAUUUAUGUCAGAAAUUGCAUCAUUUCCCUUCCUGGGGCAGCAUGGGGCUAUGGCUUAGUUCACAGUCUAGAGACAUUUCUGCAAGGAGCUGCUGGUACCAAAAGUAGUCUAGCUGGCCUCUGGAUCAUGGUCGAUCAGCAGCAGAGCAGCCACACACACGUAUGACCACCCGGGUUGCAUCUCGGCGGAGAGCACACCGGUAUUGCCCCCAAAGCCUUACACUCUUGAUGGUCCUUUCAUGUGUGUGAGGAGGGUGGGGGAGAGAGGGGAUGUUGCUGAAGAUCAAACCUGGUUCAGCUAGGUUUGCAAGGCAAGUGUGUUACCCACUGUACUAUCUCUCCAGCCCCUUUGUUUAACAUUUUGGGUUCAGGACCAUACCCAGUGGUGUAGUGUUAGGGAUCAAACCAAGGUCAACUGCAUGCAAAGUAAGCACCAUACUCACUGAAUUAUCUCUCUCAUAGUGUCCAUUUGUUUUAAUUUCAUUUUUUAGUUUUGGGCCACACUAAGAAUAGGCCUUAUUCCUGUGCUCAGCGCUUAUUCCUGGCUCUCUCGGUACUAUAUGACCCUCUGUGGUGCUAGGAACUGACUAAGAGGGUUGGCUGCUUUCAAGGCAGGUGCCUUUCCCUUCUGAACUAUGGCUCCAGCCCUGGUAUCUGUUUUAAAGAAAAGUUGUCGUCUUGUUUUGAGGCAUGUGCCCCUCUCCUUCAAAUAAAACAUUAACUUUCACUGUGAUAUAAAAAUGUAUUCAAAUUGAUUUAACAGUGCUCUCUAAUAUUAGACAUCAUGCACAGUAGCUUGUAUGCUGUUUCAUUUCAAUUUCCUAGCUCACAGGAGCAUUGGCUCCUUCCCAGCUGGGUUAACAGCAGGCUGGUGAGAAUUUAUAGGUUAAAUGAUCGACUGUGCCCUCCCCUACGCGGUAAGAGGUAGGGUUGGGUGCUUCUGCCAGUGAAGUGUAAAGUUCUGUGUGUGCUCCUUAUUUUUAAUUUUUAAUUCUUAUCCUGGAGAUUAUAUCAUCUUUAGAACAGAGGUCUAACAAUCAUGUGUGAAAAUGUGUUUGUAUUAUGCCCUAGAAUUGAAUGGUAGGUCAGUUUUUCCACUUCCAGAUUUUUGGGUCAUUUAUGUAUCCUGUGUCAAUUUCCUGCACAGUCUGCCCCACUUAAUCUGUCUGGAAUGCAGCAUGUUAAAGCAUAUUACCAAAGUUAGCCCUCCCUAAACAUAUAAGUAUAUUCCACAUUGAUUCCAAUGUCCCUCUAUAGCAAAAGAAGUAUGUUUAUUACAAUAUGUAGUGGAUUGAGGUAGAUAAAAGAUUCUGCAGUCAGCAGGCAGGGCAUUUUUGCCUUUCACGCAGCAGCCCCGGGUUCGAUUCCCAGCAUCCCAUAUGGUCCCCCAAGCACCAUCAGGAGUAAUUCCUGAGUGCAUAGCCAGGAGUAACCCCUGAGUGUCACUGGUGUGACACUCCCCCCCAAAAAAAAGAUUUCGGCAGUUUAGUUCUAGUUGUUUACUCUUUAAUUUAUGAUAAAAAUUUCAAGACUGCAGUCCUGUUAAGAAGAAGGUCCAUUUCAGUUUUCGUACUUGACAAACAAAAAAUAGAAACUGACUAAGUUCUAGCUCACUGCUGUAUUUGUUGAAUUUUCCAGAAUUCAUUUGAUGUAUGUCUUUGAAUAACUGGGAAAUCUAUUUCUCAAAAAUGGCAUUCUCACAUUUAUGAACUCCAAAUGUGUAAGUACUUGUCAUAACUUUUCAUUUAAACGGGGCAUACUUGCUUCAAGUAAAAAUCAUUGCAGAUAUUUUAGUUUGCAGGAAUAAUUCCUUUUCUUUCUUUUGGGGCACACCCACAGGUGCUGGGGGGUGGAUCUUGAUGGUGCACUCCAGCCCACUGAGCUACCUCCCCAGCCCACUGGUCGUUGAGUUCUCUUUUUUCUUUUUUUGAGUCACACCUGGCAAUGCUCAGGGGUUACUCCUGGUUCUGCACUUAGGUUAGGAAUUAUUCCUGACAGUGCUUGGGGGACCCUAUGGGAUGUCAGGCAGGUUGGCCUUAUGCAAGCAAAUGCCUCCCCGCUGUACUACCGCUCUAGCCCCACAUUCAGUUCUCUUAUGCUUUUGUUGAAAACAUUAUUUUCCAGUUAGCUUAUCGCCUCUCUAGGGUGAAUUCUAAGCAUUCCGAAUAGGGGCCUAGAGUGACCACAAUACGAAGGAACUGCCCCCAUUCUUGUACCCUCUGCAUUUAUCACUAUUUUUCAUAAUUGCUAGGCUAAUGGUUUCAUUUCUUCUGGAUUUUGGGGGGAUUCUUGGGGGUGUUGAUUGUUUUUGGAAUGGUUCUGAAGAUUAAACCUGGGGCCCCCUGUGACUGCUCUACCACUAAUACAUACGGCAGCCCCCUGAUUGAUGUUUGCCAAGGGAGGGUAACAUUCAUAGAGACGAGUAUGACUGGUGCCCCCUAGAGGAUGCAGCUCCGCUAGUACAUUCAUUAUUCUCCCUUUCUCAGAAAGUUUUAAGGGCUUACGCCUGGCCGGCUUGGGGUCCUAUGGGGUGCUGCAGAUCAAAUCUGGAUUAGAUAUAAACAAGGAAAGUAUUUUACUCACCGUACUACUUCUCAGGCUCAAAGAUAGAUAUUUAAAAAUUGCACUAGAGUCUAAAUCUAGUGCUGAGAAACAUGUAAGCAUUUGACCCAGAAGUUUCAUCACCUGAAAAUAAAGUAUUUACAUUCUAGCAAAUAAAAAGAUGUAUCAGCACAUUGAGCUGCUUGUGUGUGACUCAAGCUGGAGGUACAGAGGGCAGGAGGCACUUGUAGAGAUGGUAGGUCAGUUCUUAGAAUGGCUACCAGUGAACUUUAUUACUAAAAAUGGGAAGGAGGGAGAGGGAUGUAGCUCCACAGAGCACUGGAUUGUAUGUGUGAGACCCUGGAUUCAUCUCUGGCACAAUGAAGGGGGUAAACUGACAAAUACAAAAGUGGGGGAGGCUGAGUCAGAAUAUUUUGUGGCAGAAACAGUCUUGUACUGAUUGACGUGGGAAAUGGAAAAGUGGGCAUGCAUAAUUUCCCAGAGUGAAAGAGAUUUACAGCUGCUCCGAGUCCUUGCGAAUGUGAAGAAAGCUUGAUUGCAAAUUAGUAUCUGCUGACAAGUGGCUUGGCCGCAGUUAUCAGUGAGAACCAAUGUUUUCAAUGAAAUGGAAAGAUUUAGGUGAAACUGGAUUGAGGCUGAAAUCACAGCAACUAUGACUUGCCUCAGAUUGCAAUUACUUGUGAAGAAACAGCAGUUUUGCAUUUUUGUCCAGAAUACUGUGUGGUAUUACUUCACUAGGAGAUAUAAACGUAAAUAAAGAAUCUGGAUCUUGA